CCUCCGACCUGAACUAUGUCCCCCAGCCAAAUAAAUCUCCACUUCCUGCGUUAUUCGGUAAUCGCAUCCCUCAUCUCUCUACACUUCACGCCAUGCCCAGUCAACAGGACGACGCAAACGCCGCAUAAUGACAAUCCGCUAACGCACUCCAUACAUUACUCGCAACUGUAGGACAAACAACAUCAUAUCUCGUGGUUUCGGGAAGUCCUGUAAGACUGUCACGCGAUGCCUCCGAGCCUUUCCGCCACGUUCGGACGCGGAAUGAUCGCUUUGGCGAGCCUACUAGUGACGCGCCCUUCGCCGAAUUUUAAGGAAGGCGGUCGCCGCUCCAGAGACGGCGUGGCAUGCGGGGUAAGCGGCGAGAGCGGGGAUCAGAUCGCACAGCAUCAGGCGACAGCCUCUACGCUCAUCUCUCCGUCAUAUUCCACUGCCGCCGUUGCCUUAAGCCAGUCAACGCACGCCGCCGCUGCCGCUGCCGCUGCCGCUGCUGCUGCUGCUGCUGCUGCCGAGUCUCUCGCGCCCCCUCAAUCACUCGACGCGAGCCGUAACCACCUGGCGGAGGAGUCUCGUUGCGCCGCUUUCGAGCCGGAAGCUCAAACGGGAAGCGAUACAGCCACCAACGUAGAAAUGCUUUCAGAGAUUGACGGGACGACGGGAACUACAGAAAUGCUUCCUGAGAUUGCCGAAUUCAACACGAACGCCGAUUCAGAAUCCGCCAGGGAGAGCGAGCAAGCCGUGCAUCCGAAUCAUCCGAAGCUUGAUGCGUCAUCCCAUCAUGAGAGCGCGGAUGGACGACGCGAUGGUACUGCCGCUGACUCAGCACCGAUCUCGUCGCCACCGGCUGCCACUGGCACAACUAUGCUAGUACCGUCUAGAAUUCCGAGUCUGACUGACACAAUCACUUCUGGUGAUUCUGACGAAACCGAGUCAGCGUCCGCCACGGUGGCAGAGGAGACGUCAGCAUCCACGUCAUGCCCAUUCGGCCUGAGAGGUUCGCCCUUACGUCAGUAUCGCCGUCUGCGCCUGAGAGAUUCACGCUUGCGAAUGGUGCUAACGAGGAUCCGGCGAAGAAUGCCCUCUUGCGGGAAGGUGAUACGCCGGGGAACGACGCCGGGAGGGAGGGCGACGAAGCGGGCGAGGAAUGGGAGGAUGGAGGGGCAGCACCGGCGUUGUAAGGUAACGUGGAGGGCGCUGGUUCUGACGAAGCAGCAGAGCUUGCGGCAAGUCAUACCCGCGUUCUCUCGAUGGAGUAAGGGGGACAGAACUUGGAGUCUGCACCAGAGAUUCUCAGGUGGUUCUUCAGGUGAAUGUUGGGAAAUGGGGGAGGCUAAGAAUAAGAGUGUUAUUGGAAUGAAGGUCAGGACUGAGGAGGAAGGAGAAGGGAAGGAGAAGCGAUGGGCAAUGGGGAAGAGUGUGGCCCUCCGUUCUGUGAUUGGUCACGGGCCGUUGGUCCGGGAGGUGGAUCGGUGCAAGAUGUGUCAGGUGUGGGUUGAGCGAACCAGCCUCGGCGAUUGUGCUGCCGAAUCUACUUACGGUGCUGACGUGUGUGCUGCCCUGGAUCAUGGUCAUGACGUCACUAGUGAUCUCAACCGUCCAUCAUCUGAUCGCCCUCAUACCGGGAUUCACACUGCGACUACCAGAAGCGACUCCCAAGGGAAUGCUGCAGACGCAGGUGUAAGCAGCAAUGUCAGUGUCGCCAGCACCAACGCCAGCGCCAUCGGCAGCAGCGUCAGCGCCAGCACUUACAGCACCAGCACUUAUGUAAGCGGCAGUACCAGUGGGGACGUGGUUGGGAGGAGCCUGGCUCUUGGGUGCAGCCUGGCGUUCGGCAGCACGCUUGCGAUCGCAACGAGCCUCUCUUUCGGCGGGAGUCUUGCCAUCGCCAGCAGCAUUGCGUUUGGGAGUAGCCUGGCUGUUGUGAGCAGCUGUGCCGUGGAUGACAGCACUGGCAGGUGGAGGAGACGCGAGGGACACAAGCGGAAAGAUGCAGAGGAGGAGGAGGGGAAGGCGCAAGGAGAGGAUGGUGCGAUGGGGAAGGUAGGGGAGGGGAAAGGUGGGGAUGAUGGGAGGUAUUGUGGGAUGGGGAGUACAGGGGAGGGUGGGGAAUCUGCAGCAGCCAUGGCUGGUGCUCUGGCAGAAAAGUCGGGAGCAGGUGAUGAUGACGAGAAUGAUUGCUCUGCUGAUGCUGGUAACGGCAGCCUCAGGUCAAGGAUGAGGUGGCACCGAGGCAUCAGGCGAAGCAUGUCGUACGUAGUUCCAACCACCGAGACUUGGAUCCUCUCCCCCCAUCUCUACACUCGGGCACGGUCAGAAGGAAACUCCCCAAGAGGCACCGCUAACGUCCCCACACCCACACACACCGCUACAACCUUCCCUCCCCCAUACAGUCAAGUGCAGGAGCGAAUAACCGGGGAUGGGACAGAGGAGGUGGUACCACAGAAGGCAUCUUUGUCUGCUAACGGAACAACCCAGACAGUGCAUGCAGAAGAGAAGCCAUCCUCCCCAGGGUACACCAUUCAUGGGGCAACGCUUGUGCUCUCCCCAGAACCAUCCAUCUCCUCCCCGUUCUCCUCCGACUGCCACUGGACUUCCACCAAUAGCCUUCUGCCACGCGGCUCGCCCUCGGACUGCCACUGGACGUCAACCAAUAGCCUGCUGCCACGUGCCUCCCCUUGGAGGCUCCCUUUCAAGGGGUCACCUCCAAUCGUUACUAAGAGGUGUAGUGUUAGCCUUAGGCGAGCCAAGUCUUGUGUGGAGAUGGCUCAUAUUAGCCAUAGCUAUGAUUGCUUAGAUGGCUGGCUCACAUGUCACUAGUGACGUACACGGUACUUGAAUUGCGCUACCCAACCACCCGUGUGC